AUGACCACCGUGGGCCAAUUGAAACACGACUUGGACAUCCUUUCGGCCGAGUGCCGCCGCAAACACUCCGACGUCCGUGCCGCCAUCGAAACCGCCCUAAACGAAGCCAAACGUGUUCCUCAUGACACUCUCGUUAAAGACAACGAACAACUCCAACACACGCUCUGUGUUCCGUUCAUGAUGGCUGUCAACGCUGGCCUGAAGCUUAAUAUACUGUCGCUUUCCGUUUUGCCGAGACUUAUAGCUGCCAGGACGCUUCCAGAGACGUUUGCCAAGGACCUUCUCCAGUCGUUCUAUAAGAGCGAUGUGAACCUGCUGCCGCUUGAAGCGCAGUUGAAAAUCCUCCAAACAGUGCCUGGGUUGAUGCAAAACUACGAAAUCCACGGCCAGAGCUUUUUGUUGCUUGUGGCGGUCUUGUGUCUGCUUAUGAACUCUGGAAGCUCUGCUCUUUCAAAUACGGCGUCUGCGACGAUGCAGCAGGUGUUUUCGUCGUUGUACGAUAAACUCGGGAAGCACGAGAAGACGGGGGAGAUGGAGACGGUGGAGCUUGCGGCAGCGGGACUGGAGAAACCGGAAAUUUUCCAUUUGGAUCCUUUGGAGUUGGAGUGCUACAGGGUGUUUUCUGACCUUAGCGCUAUGGUAUCGCAGGAUGAAAUUGGGUACUUUGACCCUGACAUUCAGAUCCGCCGUGUGGCGGUGCUUGAAAUUAUUGAAAAUGUGCUUUCGCUUAAUAAGAACACGUUUAGGGAGCACCUGGAACUUAUAGCCUUGUGCCGGGUGAAAACGUUCCCUGCGUUGCUCAGGUUGGUCAAUUCGACGUCGCAUAGCUUUCCUACGGUCGUUAGGGCGCUUAGGAUUAUCCAUUUGCUUAUAGCGACCCAGUCGGACCUUCUAGGCGUGGAAACGGAGAUUGUGCUUUCUUCGACGAACCAUCUACUACUUGACGCCGAUGAGGGCUCGUCGAGAUCGCUGUCGGUGACUAAUGUCUCUGGAGAAGUCCAGCCGUCCACGACAAUGCCGUUCUGGGUGAAAAUUUUGGUGUUGGAGAUGUAUAAAACGCUUUUCCACAACUUUGACGUUAUCAGAGUCAUCUACGAAACUCACGAUAAGGACGAGAAGAAGAAGAACGUGAUGCGUGAGGUUUUCGUGGUUCUUAACCAUUAUUUGGAGUCCAGCUUGCCCCAGUUCUUUAUUGACGAAACUGACCAGGUGCCUAGUGCAGAAAAGAGCUCUCAAAACCGUCUUAGCAAGCAAUCGGCUGCUUUGAAAGUAUCUCUUCUUGAUCAUUUAGAUAAAACAGACGCUCCAGCUUCGGUUCCACCGCUUUAUUCUGCCCAUUUGGUGUUCAGAACGCUUAUAAACGUUGCAGAUGGAGUUUCAGAGUUCGUUUCACGCCUUUCUGCCAACUCCAACACCACUGAUCUUGAAGCUGACGUUGAUUUCAUUACCAGCUUCAACGAGGCCAUCUUCCCUGAAAUGUUCAAACUCCUCAAAAAGUACCUUCUUUGCAAUACCGAUAACGAGUACUUCCACAGCGUGGUAAGAGCUAUCCAGAGGUAUACGCACGCUGUUGGUCUACUAGGAUUGACUCUGUUGAGAGACGAGCUUCUUUUGUUACUUUCUGAUUGCGUAAUCAAGGGACCAGCUCCUGAAGAACCAAGAAAACAGGGCAACUCCAACUUGCUUUCUCUUGGAGAGUCCAUUGUGGACACUAUAAGCUCUACAAUUCAAGCUCCAGGUUCGCCCCAGAACUCCCAGACCACCCAAUUUGAAGGAAGUCCAUCGAAAACCAGUGUUUCUGACGAUAGUUUAGUUUCAAUUGGUUCAAGAGUAUUCACUUCUCGCCAGAUUAUCUGCUACAGAGCCUUGACCAACUUGGCGAUCUCUCUUGGUCUUACUUUACAAGGAUCGUGGAAAAUACUCUGGAUUACGUUCCAAUGGGUAGACUACUUCCUUGGUGGACCUGACGAAAACAGUGGUUAUGCUAAUAACAAGGACCUCAAGAAGAUCCCAGAACCGCAAAUCAGCUCUCAGGAUGCUAACAUCAUCCGUAACUCCAGGGGGAAGUUCUUGGAAAGCAUCAGCAGUUACCAGCCCCAGUCGUUCGAAGAGUUGGUGAAGGUUUUAACGCAGUUGUAUAGUGAUGAUAAGAAGGAUACCAAAAAAGUCCAGCCUUGUCCGUUCAACAAGAGUUUCUUUAUCAGGCAAGUGGUUUUGAUCGUCACGACCAGUCCAUCCCUUUUGCUUGAGAAUAAGCCCGUUUGGGACCAUUUGAUUGGGUACUUUUCGGAUUUGGCUACCGACAGAGCCAUUCCUCACCAUAGAAGGAACUUCUAUGUCACUUGCAUGAACGAUAUUGUGGUUAGUGUUACCAAAAAGGGUUUCCAUGAUUCUAAGGAAACAGACGAUUUGGCUGCGAUGUCGUUGAAUGCGUUUAUCACUUUCAUUGAUAAGCUCUUUGGACUUCCUCAAUCUGAAGAGUUGCUUGUUUCCAAUUGCGAGACUGAAAUGCAUCUUACUGUGCUUACCACCGUCAGAAGCCUUAUUGACGAGUUUGACGACCGUUUCCAGAACUGCUGGGGCCUUGUGUUCACGAUUCUUAGAUCUGUGUUCCACAAACAUGCUGGAAUCGAAGGUCAGGAUAAGAAACUUGACGAAAAGACUCGUCUUCUGAUUUCCACCUCGUUUGAUACGUUGAAGUUGAUUUUGGAUGAGUUCUUGACGACCCUUCCUGAGGAGCAUUUGAGGACGCUUAUUGAUACACUCGUCAAUUUCUGUUCCCAGGAAUACGAUCUUAACAUUUCCUUCUCAGCAGUCAGCUACUUCUGGUCCAUCAGUGAUACAGUUCGUUCUAAUUUGGACGGUGCUUCUUCUUCAAGCGACAGGUCCUUGGAAGAGGCUAAUUCGAUUCAGAAGCUUGAAAAUGCUUUAGAACAGUGUUCUACGGGAACUACCGCGUUCAACCAAGGCUUGAACGUUUACCUUCUUGCAAGAUUAUCUGAUUUAUCUUCCGAUUCAAGAACCCAGGUCAGAGAAGGUGCAAUCCAGACGCUUUUCCAGAUUUUGGACACUCACGGAAGGUACUUACCUUCGUGGAAAAUGAUUUAUGAUAUCGUAUUGCCUGGCGUUAUUGACGUUUCCAGGUGGAACGAUAAGGCUGGAACUCAGAAUAGUGACAUUCUUAGCACUUUUAACCUCAUUUUAUCCGGAGUGGUUGCUGUUCUUACCAAGUACAUGCUUGACUUUGAAGACCAGACAUCUUUGGGUAUAAAACUCAAGUUCUGGACGAAAAUCUUAGACUAUUUCAACAGUCUUCUUGUUUUAAACUGGAAGGAUCUCAACCUUAAGAUUUUCCAGUCCUUCCAGGACCUCAUUAUGCCAUUGCCAAAGGUAAAGAACAUCCCCAACGAAGUUGUCACAUCAGUCUUUGAAUUCUGGGUCAACAUUCCUGUGGAGUACGACUUUGUCAAUCCAGACUACCAAGAUUCGCUUGCCGUGUUCAACAAGUCGUUCCUUUCUGUGUAUCCAAUUGCCAAAUCCAGGCUUAGCUUAACCGAUUUAAGCAAAGUUUUAAGCCUUUUGAACCAGUGUGCAAGGUACCCCGUGCUUAAACCCAGUCUGAACGACUCCGAAAAGCUCACAGAUAUCCAGAAAGCUGUAAUUGAGAACCUCAAGUUGCUCAGCAAGGACGAACACAAGGAUGAGUUCAACUCUGUGAUUAUCCAGCAUCUCUGCAUUAUUCUUUGCUACCCAUACCAAACCAGAACGCGUAUUGAACGAAAACUCAAGAGCAAGUUCGAAGGAAGACUCAAAAUUCCAACUUUUACUGCCAUCAGCGAAGCGUCGCUUGAACUAAUGACAGACAAAAUCCGUGAAUUGGGCAAUUUGAAUGUGCUUUUGCCAGAACAAGGCUUUGAAAAGCUUGUUUCGUCGUUGAUCGAAGCCGUCAGCUACAAAGCCCAAGGACGUCUGGGCAACGAGAAACCGCAAUGGGUGAAAUGCAACGAACUUAUUAAUUACCUUGCGGAAAGGCUCCUUAAAGAGAACUUAAACGAUAUCAAAGGCAGAGACGAGGUCUGGCAUCUUUUGGUCGACGCUCUCACAGUCUGUUUCGAAGACGUCAAGCCCGAAGAAGAACAAGAAACGUUCAGGCAGUUCGAUACCCUUGGCAAAACCGUUCUUCCUGUUUUGUUCCUGGGCAGUUUCAAGCAAGACGCCGCUUUACAGCAAACCAUUGGUCGUAUCUACAGCCAGUCGUACCUCUACGAAAUGAACAGCGUUGAAAAAGAGCUCUGUGAAGGCAACCUUGACCAUACAAUCUCGUCGUUGGCCAACUUCUCCUUCAACGACUGUUUUGGCACCACUGCGUCGCUUGUUCCAUACAAAAACAGAGAUAUCAGGCUUCGUUGUCUCGUGGAUCUCUUUAACUUUGCCCUGAGCAACGAUAGAAGCCUGCUUGUGGCGUACAAGUACGCGUUGGCUCGUGCUUCGUUUACGUUACGUCGUGUUAUUGCAGAACAGCGUCUUUUGAAUAAAAGACCCAUGGCGAAGAUUCUAGAGGAAGAGUUGGAGGUUGUUCUUGACGGUUUGAGGAAAGUGCAGCUUGCCAGGAAGGAGAGAUUGAGCAGUAUUAGUAAACUUCUUUCGAAGAUAGUUCCUUAUGCUCUGGGCAUUGACGGAAUGGCCUAUAGAGUGGAGAGGAUUCUUUUGAGGACACAUUCAGCGUGA